AUGAGCGUCCCGGUCCAGGUCCUGCUCACCUUCCUGGCGCUGUCAGCCUGCCGGGGCCACUCGGCCUCGCUGCCCCCCACCUCCACCUUCCUGAAGGAGAGCAUCCAGCUGCUGGGCAAGCUCCUGGGCACGGAGGUUUCCUGCGCCGAGAUGAACGUGACGGAUAUUUUUGCAGGCAAUAAGCAAGACAACGCCACAGAGCUGUUAUGCAAAGCCAGCACGGUGGCCUUGGAGGGCCGGAGCUGCCACAAGCAGCUGGAGGGCAUCCACCUCAACCUGCUCCACCUGGUCCAGACGAGAAGCUCAGUCCACAAGGUCCCAUGCCCCGUGGCCGCGGGUAACACUACCUCCCUCAAGCACUUCCUCCAGGACUUACACAGGCUCCUCCAGCAAUUAGCAAAAGAGUAG